ACUUCAUCAAAUGCACACUCAAAGUUGCUGUAGAGUCCUUUCCCUAUUUCACAAACCAUCCAAUAAUUAUUUUGACUUUCUGUGAAAUGGCUUCUAAGACUCUUGCAUCCGGUGCCCUCCUCCUCUCUCUCAACCUCCUUUUCUUUGUUAUGGUCAGUUCUACUGAUGUCCCUUGCCCACCACCCCCAAAGGGUCACAAACACCACCAUCACAAGCCCACUUGCCCCAAGGACACCCUUAAGUUGGGGGUGUGUGCCAACUUGUUGAAUGACUUGGUACACCUUGUUGUCGGUACCCCACCAAAGACCCCUUGCUGCAGCCUCAUUGAGGGUCUUGUGGAUCUCGAAGCAGCUGUUUGCCUUUGCACCGCCAUUAAAGCUAAUAUCUUGGGCAUCAACCUCAACGUCCCUCUGUCAUUGAGCUUGCUGCUGAACUACUGCGGAAAGAAGGUCCCCACUGGCUUCCAGUGCGCAUAAAUCUACACUAGAUUUCACCAUCUAUCGUUUACUAUUUAUUUUAAUUUCCUACUUCCCCAUCGAUCCAUUUAAUCGUGUGAUUGGGCCUCUGGCUUGUUUCUUUACGUAUGCUAUAAGCAUUUAUAUAUCAAUAAUUUGUUGCUGUUUCAUUGUUUCGAUGGAUGCAAGGUUCCUCACCUUCGUCUAUUUUUGACUAAGUAGGGAUCAUCGGAUGCUGUAAAAAUAAGCUCAUUUUUUCAGAAUGAAGUGAAUUAUUUGUGUUCA